AACAUGCCUACUAUGGCAACAUUGAUUAACAUAAAAAUAUGAAGCAAAACGUCAAAGGUGAAAAAAAAAAUCUUUUUCGAUUUGAAGGUGUUCUGUGCUCACGUUUGUGUCGCUGGGACACCGUAAUUUAUUAAAAUGGGCUUUGUGAAAGUAGUUAAGAACAAACAAUACUUCAAGAGGUACCAGGUCAAAUUCAAGAGGCGCCGUGAAGGAAAAACUGAUUAUUAUGCCCGCAAACGUCUCAUUGUUCAGGAUAAGAACAAGUACAACACACCCAAGUACCGCCUCAUUGUUCGCCUCUCCAACAAGGAUGUGACUGCCCAGGUUGCCUAUUCUCGCAUUGAAGGAGACCAUAUUGUGUGCGCUGCUUAUUCUCAUGAACUGCCAAAGUAUGGCAUUAAAGUCGGACUGACAAAUUAUGCGGCUGCUUACUGUACUGGGCUGCUGUUGGCACGCCGUCUUCUGCAGAGGCUGGGCCUCGACUCCCUCUACACUGGCCAAACUGAUGUCACUGGAGAUGAAUACAAUGUGGAACCAGUAGACAAUGGCCCAGGUGCAUUCAGAUGUUACCUUGAUGUAGGUUUAGCACGUACCACUACUGGGGCCAGAGUCUUUGGUGCCAUGAAAGGUGCUGUUGAUGGUGGUCUCAAUGUUCCCCACUCUGUCAAGAGAUUCCCUGGUUAUGAUGCUGAAAUCAAGAAAUUUAAUGCUGAAGUUCAUCGGUCUCACAUCUUUGGUUUACACAUAGCAGAAUACAUGCGGAAUCUAGAACAAGAAGAUGAAGAUUCAUUCAAAAGACAAUUUGGCAAAUACAUCAAACUUGGAGUAGCAGCAGAUGCGAUUGAAGGCAUCUACAAGAAAGCCCAUGAAGCCAUCCGUGCAGACCCAUCACACAAAAAGAAGAGUGAAAAGAAAGAUCCUGCCAAACAGAAGCGCUGGAACAAGCGCAAGCUCACCCUCGCUGAGAGGAAGAACAGGAUUAAGCAGAAGAAGGCGUCAUUCAUCAAAAGGCUGCAGGCUCAAGCUGAAGCUUAGUGUGGCUAAUUUUAACAAUAAAGCCACUUUUCACGGGA